AACGAUAAAACAUAUUUCUAUACAAUUUUUUUUAAUAAAAUAUGCUAGAAAUUUCAACAAAUAGUAAUAUGACACGUGUCCAUUUUUGAUAAACCCCAAUUCCUCACUCUAUAUAAACCCCUCUCCACCCUUCACUUUCUGCUUUAGGGUUUCUCACAAAAAUGGCGACUCGCUACUUAACUCGUUCUCUACUUACUUCUCUCUCUCGCUCUUACACUUCACUUUCUCUCUCUACACCUCCUCCUUCUUUCUCUCUCCUCCGUCUCCGGCCACUCAUUGCCGUCGCCGCCUUCAAUCUCCGGUCAUUCACUCCGGCGGAGGUGACGGCGGUGAGAGGUUACGCGACACGUCAGACGUCGUCGUCGUUGAAUGAUCCGAACCCUAACUGGUCGAAUAGGCCACCGAAGGAGACGAUUUUGCUUGACGGAUGUGAUUUUGAGCAUUGGCUUGUUGUUAUGGAGAAACCGGAAGGUGAUCCGACGAGAGAUGAGAUUAUUGAUAGUUAUAUCAAAACGCUUGCGCAGAUUGUUGGAAGUGAGGAAGAGGCAAGAAUGAAGAUCUACUCUGUCUCGACGAGACAUUACUAUGCAUUUGGAGCUCUAGUAUCCGAAGAGCUGUCUUACAAGCUAAAAGAAUUGCCCAAGGUUAGAUGGGUGCUUCCCGAUUCCUACCUGGAUGUCAGAAAUAAAGAUUAUGGAGGGGAGCCUUUUAUCAAUGGGCAGGCUGUGCCAUAUGACCCGAAAUACCACGAGGAGUGGGUGAGAAACAAUGCCCGAGCUAAUGAGAGAAACAGACGUAAUGACCGACCUCGUAACUUUGAUAGGUCCAGAAAUUUCGAGAGAAGAAGAGAGAACCCUGGAUCCAACAUGGGUGGCGGACCUCCCAAUAUGAGAAAUGCGCCGCCCCCUAACAUGGGUGGGAUGCAGCAGCAGCAGCCGCAGCCAAACAUGGGAGGGAUGCAACAGCAGCAGCAGCAGCCGCAGCCUAACAUGGGAGGGAUGCAACAGCAGCCCAACAUGGGCGGGAUGCAGCAGCCUCGCAUGGGAGGAGGACUGCAGCAGCCCAACAUGGGAGGUGAGCCACAAAACUAUGGCGGAGGGCCUCCCAACAUGGGAGGAGGACCGCAGCAGCACAACAUGGGAGGUGCGCCACAAAACUAUGGCGGAGGGCCUCCCAACAUGGGAGGAGGACCGCAGCAGCCCAACAUGGGAGGUGCGCCACAAAACUAUGGCGGAGGACCACAGCAGCCCAACAUGGGAGGUGCGCAACAGAACUAUGGCGGAGGACCUCCCAGUAACCAUGGUGGGGCGCCUCUCAAUAACUACGGUGGAGCACCAAACAAUCCACCAACGAAUUAUCAAUACAAUGGCGGACCAAACAACGGUGGUGGCAUGCCUUACCAAACCGGCCCAGGGCCAAACCAGAACUAUGCCUCAAAUCCAUCGGGUGGAAACCAUUAUCAGAACCCAAACAUGCCGCCUCCAAAUCAGAACUAUGCUCCGAAUACUUCCGGUGGAAAUCCUCAUCAGAAUCAAAACAUGCCUGGAAGAGAUAUGCCUUCUCCAAAUUAUCAAUAGGCCAUUGUAGAUACAUAUGAAGUUUGUAUUUCUCGAAUUUUAUAUAUCGUCGUUGAUAGGAUGUUUGGGUGCUCGUAGUGGUUGAAUGGUGCAAUAAGAUGUGUUUUGUUGGGUAUGGCAUUACACAAUGCUAAAAAUCACUCAUCCUGUUGUAUUUUCAUGGCACUGCUACUAUCUGAACAUUCUUUCAGUUCA